AUGGCGUCUACCGUGGAGAUCAGCCUACCGCUGCCAGUCCUGCCGGAAGGCUGGGCUGGCGAGAAGGACUUCAAGUCUGUCGGCCAGCUCAGCGCUGCGACCGACCGCAACAUCGAGCCUGUUGGCCCGCACUUCCUGGCUUAUGCCCGCAGAAAGCGCCACAAGCGCACUUUCUCCGAGGAUGAGCGCAUCCAGGCACAGGCCAACGUCAAGAAAGUCGAAGAUGAGGACCCGGAUGACAUUGACGAGCCCGAGGACCCCGUUAUGCUGCAGCGCGAGGCCAAGGACUGGAAGUCCCAAGACCAUUACGCUGUUCUUGGCAUAACCCGCCUGCGAUGGCGUGCCACCGAAGACCAGAUCAAGCGCGCCCACCGCAGGAAGGUGCUCAAGCAUCACCCCGACAAGAAGGCUGCUGCUGGUAGCGACGAGGGCGACCAGUUCUUCAAGUGCAUCCAGAAAGCCACCGAGGUUCUGUCCGACCCUGUGCGACGAAGGCAAUUCGACUCCGUCGACGAGGCCGCCGAUGUCGAGCCUCCCUCGAAGAAGGAGACGCAGAAAGGAAACUUCUACAAGAUGUGGGGCAAGGUCUUCGAGGCAGAGGGCCGCUUCUCCAACAACCAGCCCGUACCCAAGCUCGGUAACGCCAAGAGCUCCAAAGAGGAAGUCGAGGAAUUUUACAACUUCUGGUACAACUUUGACAGCUGGCGAACAUUCGAAUACUUGGACGAGGACGUUCCGGAUGACAACGAGAACCGCGACCAGAAGCGUCACGUUGAGCGCAAGAACCAGGCUGCCCGUCGCAAGAAGAAGACCGAAGACACUGCCCGCCUCAGGAAGCUUGUAGACGACGCCCUAGCCCUCGACGAGCGCAUCAAGCUUUUCCGCCAGCAGGCAAACGCCUCCAAGAACAAGAAGAAGUUGGAGAAGGAGGCUGAGGAGAAGCGUCUUGCUGAGGAGGCUGCUAAAAAGAAGGAGGAGGAAGCCAAGCUCCAGGCUGAGAAGGACGCGGCAGAGAAGGCCCAAAAGGCUGAAGGCAAGAAGGCGAAGGAGGCCGCAAAGAACGCCGCGAAGAAGAACAAGCGUGUGGUCCGUGGGGCUGUCAAGGACGCCAACUACUUCCAUGCUGGUGGCGACGCUCCCGCAGCCCAGAUUGACAGUGCUCUCAACGACACUGAUCUCAUUAUUGCAAAGAUCGACCACGAAGAGCUCGCUGACCUGACCGCCAAGCUCAACAACGAAAAGGACGCUGGCAAGAUCAAGCAGAUCUUCCAAGACGAGGCUCAGCGUCUCAUUGGUGCUGGCAAGCUCUCGCAGGCUGACGUCAAGUCUUUGGCUUGA